AUUAUCCGCCCAAACUUACCGCCAAGUCGCAGGCUACGUUAUCUCCAUCUUCAUCAUCGAACACUGUCCACCACCACUCAGCCACGCCUCACUUCUCCCUUCCAAAGCACAAUGAACACCCAAUUCGAGAUUCACUCGCGCCUCCGCUUGCUUCAACAGCCCUUUUCUCAGCCUCCGUUUUGCCGCCGUGAGUUGCUUAUCUCCACCCACUUCAGGCCUCUUCUCCGCCGUCGCUCAUUCUCCUUCCUCCGCCUCAGGCUCUCCAAUUGUGUCAGCAAAACCAAUGGUAUAAGCUGCGUUAAAGUGGAGGAUGAGCAGAAGGAAAAUGAAGAGCAACAAGUGAGGCGAGCCUACCCCUUUCACGAAAUCGAGCCCAAGUGGCAGAAAUUUUGGGAGGAGAAGAAGACAUUCCGGACCCCCGAUGAAAUUGACACUUCGAAACCCAAGUAUUAUGUUCUCGACAUGUUCCCAUAUCCAAGUGGAGCAGGUUUACAUGUUGGCCAUCCUCUUGGAUACACUGCUACAGAUAUCCUUGCUAGAUUUAAGCGGAUGCAAGGUUACAAUGUUUUGCACCCAAUGGGAUGGGAUGCCUUUGGCUUACCUGCAGAGCAAUAUGCAAUAGAGACAGGCACACACCCAAGAAUCACAACAAUAAGAAAUAUAAACCGCUUCCGGUUACAGCUCAAAUCAUUAGGCUUCUCAUAUGAUUGGGACCGUGAAAUUAGUACAACUGAACCUGAAUACUAUAGAUGGACGCAGUGGAUAUUUAUUCAAUUAUUGAAACGCGGGCUAGCAUAUCAGGCUGAAGUUCCUGUAAAUUGGUGUCCUGCCCUCGGUACUGUCUUGGCAAAUGAAGAGGUAAUUGAUGGAGUAAGUGAGCGUGGAGGGCAUCCUGUCAUUAGAAAGCCUAUGCGGCAAUGGAUGUUGAAAAUUACUGCAUAUGCCGAUCGCCUUCUUGAAGAUUUAGAUGACCUUGAUUGGCCUGAAAGUAUUAAGGAAAUGCAGAGAAACUGGAUAGGGAGGUCGGAGGGAGCGGAGAUGGAAUUUUGUGUCUUAGAUGGUGAUGGUCGAGAUAGAGAUUUGAAAAUUACUGUAUACACAACACGGCCUGAUACUAUUUUUGGGGCAAACUAUUUAGUCCUUGCACCUGAGCAUACUCUAAUGUCGUCAAUUGUAUCAGAAUCCGAAAAACAAAAUGUGGAGGCGUACACAGAGCUUGCCUCAAGAAAGAGUGACCUUGAGAGGACUGAGCUUCAAAAGGAAAAAACAGGAGUAUUUACCGGUUGCUAUGCAAGAAAUCCAGCUAAUGGGAAAGCUAUUCCAAUUUGGGUUGCUGACUACGUCUUGGGAAGCUAUGGAACUGGAGCAAUAAUGGCUGUGCCUGCUCAUGAUACACGCGACCAUGAGUUUGCACUGAAGUAUAAUAUUCCAAUUUCAUGGGUUAUCAUGCCCGUUGAUGAUACUCUCAGAAAUCUUGAGAAAGCUUAUACGGGUGAAGGAACAAUGAUGAAUUCAUCGAGUUCAUUGACAGGGCUCGACAUUAAUGGCUUGCCUAGCAAAACCGCAGCUUCUAGAGUCAUUGAGUGGCUUGAAAAAAGUGGGUCUGGAAAGAAACAGGUAAAUUACAAGCUGAGAGACUGGCUUUUUGCCCGACAACGUUAUUGGGGAGAGCCUAUUCCUGUUAUGUUUUUGGAUGAAACUGGAGAAUGUGUUCCGGUUCCUGACACUGAGCUGCCCCUUAUCCUUCCUGAGCUCGAUGAUUUUACUCCCACGGGGACAGGGGAACCACCCCUUUCUAAAGCCGGAUCUUGGGUUGAAACUAAAGAUCAUCUGUCUGGAAAGCCCGCCCUACGUGAAACAAACACUAUGCCACAAUGGGCUGGUUCUUGCUGGUACUAUUUAAGAUUUAUAGACCCAAGAAAUUCCAGUGCAUUGGUUGACAAGGAAAAAGAAAGGUAUUGGAGCCCUGUUGACGUUUAUGUUGGUGGGGCAGAACAUGCUGUUCUUCAUUUACUUUAUGCCCGAUUCUGGCACAAGGUUCUCUAUGAUAUUGGUGUAGUUUCGACAAAAGAGCCGUUUAAAUGUGUGAUAAAUCAGGGAAUCAUCCUUGGAGAAGUUCAAUAUAUUGCAUACAAAGAUCAGAAUGGCAACUUGAUAUCAGCGCACUUGAUUGAUGAAUUGACAGAGUGUAAUCAAGAAAGAAUACCAGAAGAGAAGGUCAUAAAAUCUGGGAAUUCAUUUGUGUUAAAAGAUGAUCCAAGUAUACGUUUGGUUACCCGAGCUUACAAGAUGAGUAAGAGUAGGGGAAAUGUCAUAAACCCAGAUGAUGUUGUUUUUGAGUACGGUGCAGAUUCUCUUCGCUUAUAUGAAAUGUUUAUGGGUCCAUUGAGAGACUCGAAACAAUGGAGUACCAGUGGCAUUGAAGGUGUUCAUCGUUUUCUGGCAAGAGUUUGGAGAUUGAUAAUCGGUCCACCUUUACCCAACGGUACGUUUCAGGAUGGGACUGUAACUGUGGACGAGAAACCGUCAAUAGAACAACAUCGUUGUCUCCAUCGCACCAUUGAAAAGGUAACCGAAGAAAUUGAAGGAACGCGAUUCAACACAGGCAUUUCUGCAAUGAUGGAGUUCAUAAACGCUGCAUAUAAGUGGGACAAACUUCCAACCUCAAUAAUAGAACAAUUUGUUUUGCUGCUUUCACCAUAUGCACCUCACAUGUCUGAGGAGCUCUGGUCUCGCUUGGGACACGCAAAAUCGCUCGCAUAUCAGCCUUUCCCUAAGGCGGAUCCCGCUUACUUAAAAGACAGCACCGUGGUUCUCCCCGUCCAAAUCAACGGGAAGACGAGGGGAACCAUAGAGGUGGAAGAAGGAUGCACAGAAGAGGAUGCUUUUAGGUUAGCUUCAGUUGAUGCAAAACUGUGCAAGUUUCUUGAUGGGAUUAAUGUAAGGAAAAGAAUAUAUGUCCCUGGCAAAAUCUUGAACGUUGUUGUGGAAGCCCCCAAGAAGGUCAAGGUGGUUCAACAAUAGUUGAUUUAAAAAAAAAAAAAACAUUAUUCUCCCAUCUGGGUCCCACUUGUCGCUGUCUAAAACCUUAUUACAGAAGAGAUAAAAUUGUAAAAUGUAUCUUAAACGUUUUACGGUUACCUUCCAUUUUGACUAAUUGUAAUGCAAUAAUUAAUGUUAA